AUGUCGGUCCACCCAUCGCGGCAGGCAUACGUGGAGGAGGCACAAGAGGACUCCCUCGAUCUGAGCAAUGUCCCAACGGAUACAAACUACGCGCUCCCGGCCGCCGGCCCUGGCCAGCAGUCCAAACAAGCAUCCGCCAUUCUGAAUGACUUCAAACGAAAGCGAGAAGCAGCUGCGAUAGCUGUGCCCACCGACGACAAGCGGGUGAGAGCAGACCUUCGUGCACGUGGAGAGCCCAUAACACUAUUCGGCGAGCGACCCGAGGACCGACGGGAUCGACUGCGCGAAUUGCUCUACUCCGAUCAGUAUGGCGACGGGGAUGAGUCCAUGCAAGAUGCGACGCCGGCGGCGGAAGAUGAUGAAGAGGAAGAAGUGGGCGAAUUCUACACCGAGGGUUCGACGGAGCUGCUGCAGGCGAGGAAAGAGAUCGCGCGAUACAGUCUUCCACGAACAGCGAAGCGGAUAGCACAUCAGCGGCUGGAGUCGCCAAUACCCGUAGCGACGCACGUACAACAUCGGAAAGCGAUCAAGGAGAGGUUAUCAGGCUUUGAACUGUUCGGGUCGCAAAUCGCCAGCGAGCGCCCAGUCUCGAUGGUCCGCUUUGCGCCGGAUGGCCAGACGAUGGCAUGCGGUGACUGGGCUGGCAGUCUCAAAAUCCUCGACAUCCCCAACCUCGAAACCCAGACUGUACUGCGAGGACACAAGGCCAUGAUCAGUGGUCUCGCAUGGCAUCCUAGCGCCAACCAUUCACCAAAGACAGCUGCCAGCGACACAGUCACCCUCGCAAGUGGAGGAGGGGAAGGAGAUGUGAAUCUCUGGUCGCUAUCACAGGACACACCCAUCUCAACUCUUUCAGGUCACUCUGCGCGCGUCUGCCGGACUGAAUUCCACCCCUCAGGACGUUAUCUUGCCAGCGCGAGCUACGACACCACUUGGCGAUUGUGGGACCUCGACACUACCACUGAACUGCAGUUGCAAGAAGGGCACUCGAAAGAGGUCUAUGCUGUCUCUUUUAACGGCGAUGGAUCAUUACUUGCCAGCGCGGGUCUCGAUUCGAUAGGCAGAGUGUGGGAUCUGCGAACCGGUCGGACUGUCAUGCUGCUGGAGAGUCAUGUCGCACCCAUCUACGGCAUCGACUGGGGUGUGGACGGUACGAGGGUGCUCACUGGAAGCAGCGAUGGGUUCGCAAAGUGCUGGGACCUGCGGGCAGUGCGAGAGACAGCAUCGAUAGGCGCGCACAAGGGUGGUGUGUCUGACCUUAGAUGGUUCAAGGGCACGGAUGGCCCUCUUGCGGAUUCAACAGCAAUAAAGGAUGUCACCAUGACGAACGGAGACAGUGAAGCAGAGGGCGAGCUCCAGCCUAAGAAGUCAGGGACGUUCGUGGUUUCAUCCGGCUUCGACAAAGCUGUCAACAUCUUCUCCGCCGACGACUGGGCCCUGUGCAAGAGUUUGACGGGUCAUGAUGGGACAGUGUUGAGCUGCGAUGUCACGAAUGAUGCGAAAUGGAUUGCCAGCUGUGGACGCGAUCGCACGGUCAAGCUGUGGGCGAGAGACGACAUGGAGGGGAUAUGA